ACGGAUGGAAAAAGUGGAGCAAAUGUCUGUAAAUAUGCCCAAAAUUUCCGAGGAAGGAGAUGGGAGAAUUACUCUGGUUCUGAUUCAACCAUCACUCCCUUGGAGGAAAUGUCUGCUUAUUGGUGGAAGACCUUCGCUGGGGAUGAAGAUCGACCGGAGAAGCCUCGGCGAUGUGGAGUUACAGAGAUGAGAAGUCCUCAUUACUCUCUCUCUAGCCAAGAUAUGAUUCAGGAAAUUUUCGAGUCGAUGGGUCAAUUUGUCGAUGGAUUAAAGUUCUCCGGAGGUUCGCACAGCCUGUUGCCGAGGGAGUUUGUGAAAGAGGUGACGGAAAUGGCUCAUCGACAUGACAUUUAUGUCAGUACGGGCGACUGGGCGGAGCAUUUACUUCGCAAAGGUCCGUCGGGUUUCAAAGAGUAUGUGGAGGAAUGCAAGCUCAUGGGAUUUGAUACUAUUGAGCUUAACGUAGACUCGCUUGAAGUUCCUGAAGAAACUCUUCUGAGAUAUGUGCGCUUGAUUAAGAACGGUGGCCUUAGGGCUAAGCCUCAAUUUGCAGUGAAGUUCAAUAAGUCGGACAUUCCCGCUGGCGAUCGAGCAUUUGGAGCUUAUAUUGUUCCAAGACCUCGAUCUUCUGAACUUGUAGAGGAUGUUGAUCUUUUGAUCAGAAGGGCUGAGAGAUGCCUAGAAGCUGGGGCAGACAUGAUAAUGAUCGACGCAGACGAUGUCAGUAAACACACUGAUUCUCUUCGAACAGACAUUAUUGCCAAGAUCAUUGGGCGUCUUGGCCUAGAGAAAACAAUGUUUGAAGCAUCGAAUCCCCAAAUGUUGGAGUGGUUUAUCAAUCAAUACAGCUCAAAGGUGAAUCUCUUUGUGGAUCACUCCCAAGUUAUGGAUCUUGAGUGCCUCCGAGGCCGCAACCUGGGUAAAAACCACUCCUCCGUUCUUGGUUCAUCCUACUUUUAAACUCCAGAGAUUUAUGUUCAAGAUCGUAUUGUUGCAGUGUGUUUUGGUGCUUAAAAUGAUCAAUUCAAAAACUACUUUUGUAAGAAUCUCUGUCAAUAAAUAAAUUUUGUUUUUU